AUGUCCUCCGCCUCCAAAAAGCACAUCCUCAACACCCUCACCUCCGGCCUCGGCUGCGGCGGCACCUGCCGCCGCCCCAAGCUCUCCUCCGUCUUCCAGCCCCGCCCCCGCCACCACCACCACCGCCGCCGCCGCCGCAGCCGGCAGCCUUCCUCCAGCUCGUGGGACAGCGCGACCGGCACGACGUUCUCGUCCGCCGUGGACACACCUCCGCAGGCCUCGUCGGACACGGAGUCGGACGUGCGGAGCCUGCGGGCGGUGCAGGGGUUCGGGAGGGUGGGCGGCGGGAGCGUGGCGGUGGAGAAGGAGUCGGAGGACCCGUACCUCGACUUCCGGCAGUCGAUGCUGCAGAUGAUAAUCGAGAACGAGAUCUACGCAAAGGAAGACCUUAAGGAGCUCCUCAACUGCUUCCUCCACCUCAACGCCCCCUACUAUCACGGCACCAUUGUUCGGGCUUUUACAGAGAUCUGGAACGGGGUUAAUUCGGGCCGGGCCGGGUCACGUGACUUCUAG